UAUUGAAGAAGGCUACGAUCUGCCCGAUUAGCAAGAUGCCGGCCGUUCACAAAUUACUUCUGGAAGAAGCCUUACAGGACAGCCCACAGACUCGGUCCCUUCUCAGUGUGUUUGAGGAGGAUGCAGGGACCCUCACAGACUACUCCAAUAAGCUGCUCCAGACUAUGCAAAGAGUGUAUGGGGCCCAGAGCGAGAUGGGCUUGGCAACAGAGCAGCUUUCCAAGCAGCUUCUGGAGUACGAGAAGCAGAAUUUCGCUCUUGGGAAAGGAGAUGAGGAAGUGAUCAGCACACUGCAGCACUUUGCCAAAACAGUGGAGGAGCUCAACAGCCUGCACUCGGAGCUAGCCAGCCUGAUAGCGGAUAGGAUGGUGUACCCUAUGAUCCAGUUCAGAGAGAAGGACCUCACAGAAAUAAGCACCAUGAAAGAGAUAUUCGGCAUCGCCACUGAUGAACACGAGGCUGCCAUGGUCAAGUACAGCCGGCUGCCCAAGAAGAGGGAGAAUGAAAAGGCGAAAGCGGAGGUGGUCAACGAGGUGGCCUUCGCCAGGAGGAAGCAGCACCAGGCCUCCAUGCAGUACUACUGCGCGCUCAACGCCCUGCAGUACCGCAAGAGAGUGGCCAUGCUGGAGCCCAUGCUGGGCUACACGCACGCACAGAUAAACUUCUUCAAGAAAGGCAUGGAGCUGGUGACGAAGAAGAUGGACACUUUUCUGUCUUCGGUGUCCAGUAUGACGCAAAGUAUUCAGUCACAGCUGGACGCUGAGGCGGAGAGCAUGCGUAUGACCCAAAGAGAUCUGCUGUCUGUUGAGGACACCGUGUACAUGCCCGAUCGGGACCAGGACCCUGUCAACCGCACGCUUAUCCAGAAAGCAGGCUACCUCAACAUCCGGAACAAAACGGGCCUGGUCACCACAGCCUGGGACCGGCUGUACUUCUUCACCCAGGGAGGGAACCUCAUGUGCCAGCCGCGAGGCGCGGUCGCCGGGGGCAUGGUGAUGGACCUGGACAAUAGCUCCGUCAUGGCCGUGGAGUGCGAGGACCGGCGCUACUGCUUCCAGAUCACCUCGCCCACGGGGAAAACUGUUGUGUCAUACCAUCAUUUUUCAUGGAAUAAUAACAGGUCUAUAAUUCUGCAGGCAGAGAGCAAAAAGGAAUAUGAAGAGUGGAUUUGUACCUUGAACAACAUCUCCAGACAGAUAUACCUGACUGACAACCCAGAGGCCGUGGCCAUCAGGCUCAAUCAGACCGCCAUCCAGGCCGUCACGCCCAUCACCAGCUUCGAGAAGAGACAGGAGGGCUCGCCCAACCCCGACAGGGCGAAGCCCGGUGGGGUGGUGGUCACUGCGGCAGCCUCCCAGAAGCCCACGGUGGCUCCUGAGCCAGACGACCUGAUUGCCCCGGGAACGCCCAUUCAGUUUGACAUCAUGCUCCCUGCCUCGGAGUUCCAGGACCAGAACCGAGCCGGGGGAAGACGGACCAACCCCUUUGGUGAAACAGAGGAGGACUCCUCUUCUGACUCUGAUGACUCGCUGCUGCAGCAGGUUUUCGCGGUGAGGUUCCUGGGCUCCAUGGCGGUGCGCUCGGGCCACUCACAGGAAGUCAUCUACGAGGCCAUGAGGCAGGUGCUGGCUGCCCGCGCCAUCCACAACAUCUUCAAGACCUCCGAGUCCCAUCUGAUGGUCACCAGCAACAGUUUGAGGCUGAUUGACCCGCAGACACAGGUUACCAGGAUCACUUUCCAGCUCGGGGACGUGACCCAGUUUGCGGCCCACCAGGAGGACGGGCGGCUCAUGGGCUUUGUGGUGGAGGGCCGAGACUGGAGCGAGGGGGAGGAGGAGGGCACGCCCUCGUUCAGCGCGUUUGUGUUCGAGAGCCACACCGAGGGAGAAAAAAUAUGCUACACAAUAAGCUUAGGGAAGGAGAUUAUAGAGGCAAAGAAGGACCCAGAAGCAUUGGCCCAGCUGAUGAAGUCCAUGCCGCUAACCAACGAUGGCAAGUUCCUCCUGCUGGAAAGCGAGAGUGGUGACACGUCUAACGGUGGCGGGGAGGAGGACCUGGAGUCCGAAGCCUGAACCCUUUCCCCCUUUCCCCUUUCCCCUUUUCAGAGGCCGGGCGUUCCACCCAAUCCCACCCCCCUCCCCCCUCCCCCCGACCUCUUCAUGGGCGUCAAAAGUCGCAAAGCUCAUGAUCUCACCCCUCUGUCCAUUAUACAUCUUGCUAACGAUUAGCUCCAUUGAGAUUCUGAUACAAAGGGACUUUUCUGUUUUACCUAAUUUGGGUUACUUCUUUUUCCACCGGGGGUGUCGUUGUUAAUGAUGUACUUAACGAAGGGCAGGACCUCUUUCCGAACUCUCAUAGGUUUACAUGUUCAUGUGCGGCUGACAUCAGCUGAAGCUAGCAGUCGUGGUACGUUGAAGCCUGUCAUAGCCUAAUAUGUUGGCUCUUGGGGCAAAACUCACAGUCCCUUUCCUCUCAAUAGAUAAUGUGAGGUAAUACAUUUAUCAUUCCUGCAGAGUAAGAGUUGCACUUCCUGGGAGUUCUUCUGCAUCAUUGGGCUUGGUGACAGCAGCUUGCACUAAUCUCUGAUGUUGUAUUCAGAAAGUAGAUUUUAGGGUGACAUGAAGAAGAGGUUAUUUCCUCACCGAAUGAAGAUUCAAGGUUUGUUUUUAUUGUUUUCAAAUGAUAUUCCACACUACAACUGUGUGUGUGUGUGUGUGUAUGCGCUGUGUGCUUUUAUUGUUUUGGUGUGUUGAGUCCUAUACAUUGUGUUCAUGUGGUAAACUAACUCAACUCAAACCUAGAUAGGGUUUGACAUCUGUAUAAAACAAACAGGUUGGUGAAAGGAUGUCCUUAAUUGAAGUGUGGUUGGUCAUGGGAAAGAUGGUAAAGUUGUUGUGGAACCAAAAGAAUGCCAAUAGAAUGUGCAUGUAUUUUCUCUAAAAAUAUCAAGGCCGUCUUAACUUGAGUGUCAUCUUACAGUGCUGUUCUGGUACUACAAUGACACAGUAUUAGGGCACAGCACUGCAACCUGAUUAAUUUCCAAAAGGCUCCUUUCCGCUACCGCGCCACACUCAAACUAUAUUCAGAAUAGACUCUCCCUGAAGUAGUCACAGAGGAAUUCUAUGUCUGGGUUUACAAAACACUAUUUCUAACAGAUUGAUGUUCUGCAUACAAACUAAGGCAUUUCUCAAUGCUCGUGUGUCAGGCCACAGGGUCAAGUUACCAUAAAAAAUGUAAACCAUCUGAGACUAUGUUGACAAACACAGUCUGGAUUUGAAGUGUGACCUGACAGCUACAUCAAUUCAUUGACAAUAUAUUCCUAAACUAACGUUAUGCCAUGAACCGAAUUGUUCCACGUAUGUGCAGCCAGGCUUCCUUUUUCUUUUGAAGUGGUCGGUGCUCCACACUCCUAAUGUAUUCCUGUUCCUCACAAAGGCUUUGUGGAAAUGUAUUUGGCACUACCUAGAACCGUGGAAGGAAACUGAACAAAAGGCAAAUUUGGUUGCACUGUAGCAAAAAAAUGGAAAGUAAUUUUCUUCAGUGGCCACCUGUUCAUGUUCCUCAAGGGCUUUUCAUUUCUCUCUCCACUGAUCCAGGCUGCUAGCUAGCUUGUGUACACACAAACACAGACAGGUGACAAGCCAGUUGAUUGUUGUUUACAAACAAAGUGGGCGGUUGCCUCGGUUUCUUAAAAAAAAAAAACAACCUUGUCACAGCCCCUGCUGUGGCCCUUCAGAGGAACCCAAACAGUGUGUUUUUGUUAUGUCUGCUGUGUUUGAAGCAUGCUCUGUGAGGAUAAAUGGACUGAGAGAGACAAGCAGGCUGAAGACAUCUUAAGUAAAGGGAUACAAUGCAUCUUUGAGUGCCUCUCAGAGCUAGGUGGCCAGAACAAGUUCUACGGAAUCCGCUUCCUGCAAGGCUUUUACUCACGGUUCGGGGAAUGGCUUUUCUAAGAGAGUGGAUAAAUGCAAACAUUAACAUGUCCUCUUUAAUAAAUGUAUGUGGUAUUUUUUAACUC